CAGAGAGAUCUGGAGAUGUUGAAGGAAUGCUGGCAGAAGGAGAGAAACUGUAUACAUGUUCAGAGUGUGGAAAGAGCUUCAGUCACAGUAGCUCCCUUACCUCACAUGAACAAACUCAUGCAUGGGAGAAACCCUAUACAUGUUCCAGGUGUGGAAAGAGGUUCAUUCAUAUCCAGAGCCUUACGUCACAUCACCGAACUCAUACAUGGAAGAAACCGUAUGCAUGUUUGGAAUGUGGAAAAAGCUUCUGGCACGGUAGCCAACUUAAGUCACACCAACGAACUCAUACAGGGGAGAAACCUUAUAAAUGUUUUGAAUGUCAGAAGAGCUUCAGUGGCAGUAGUUCCCUUAUCUUGCAUCUACGAACUCAUACAGGAGAGAAACCUUAUACAUGUUCAGAGUGUGGAAAGAGCUUCAGUCACACUGGUACCCUUACUAAGCACCGAAUAACUCAUACAGGGGAGAAACUGUAUACAUGUUCAGAGUGUGGAAAGAGCUUCAGUCAGAGUGGCAAACUUACCUUGCAUAAAAGAACUCAUACAGGGGAGAAACCGUAUACAUGUUCGGAGUGUGGAAUGAGCUUCACUCAAAGUUGGGGCCUUAAUUCACAUCAACGAAUUCAUACAGGGGAGAAACCACAUACGUGUUUGGAGUGUGGAAAGAGCUUCACUCGCAGCAAUGCGCUUACUAGACAUCAACAGACUCAUCAAGGCAGCAAACCUUAUAAAUGCUGGGAAUGUGACAAGAGCUUCAGUCGCAGCGACUCCCUUUACUUGCAUCAAAGAAUUCAUAUAGGGGAGAAACGAUAUACAUGUUUUGAGUGUGGAAAGAGUUUCAGCCAGAGUUGCACCCUUACCUUGCAUCAAAGAUUGCACACAGGAGAGAAACCUUAUAAAUGUUUGGAGUGUGGCAAGAGCUUCUGUCGUGGUAGCCUUCUCACGUUGCAUCAAAGAACACAUACAGGAGAGAAACCGUAUACAUGUUCGGAGUGUGGAAGGAGCUUCAGGAGCCGUAGCAACCUUACGUUGCAUCAAAGAACUCAUACAGGAGAGAAACCGUAUACAUGUUCGGAGUGUGGAAAAAGCUUCAGGUGCGGUAGUCACCUUACUAGACACCAAAGGACUCAUACAGGGAGGAAAUCUUAGAAAUGUUUGGCGUAUGUGUCAUGGCAACCUUGCCUUUGUUGUUGCUGUAAGUAAUAGCCGGCUCGGUUUUAUGGCUUCAAAAGCAUUUAUUUCAUCCUUGCUAAUUACAGAGUCGUAAAUCACGUCUGCUCCUUUCGCUGCAAACGUCCUAACUGCUGUCUUCCGUUUCGCGC